AUGGCUAAAUCACUGCUCGGAAAGUUUGUUUUAGCCAUUCCUACCCGAACGGCGUUUGCCAUCAGCUCUGGCUCUUGGACAGGUCUCCCGGCGAACAAAGUACGACCAUGUCUCGUCACCGGGUUCACGGAGUCCAACCAGGCCAUACUGGCACCCUUGUGCGGGGCUGUAUACGACAAGAAGAGGGAUACCUGGGAUCCUCGCGAGCGCAUGCUAGGAGAUCACUGGAUGCCUGUUAAUUUCAAGGACUCCGGUGUCAUCAUCCCACCCCUCAACUCGUCAUUUGACCCGCCUACCCUCAAAGUCGCGAUCAAUGCGGCCAAUCUGACGGCUGGUGAUCCGCCAUUCAAGCCCUGCUACCUCUGGGUAGCAGACCUCGGAGAAGAAAUAUCGAUCGAAGACCUACUCCUGCUGAAGCAGCACAAGGCCCUCGAGGGAAUCAGCAAGGCAGACCUCCAGGUCAUCAGAGAUCUUGGGCAACGCAUUUCCGCAAGCAAGAAGAAGGCCCAGCCAGCCGUACACAUCAAAGCAACCCCCCUUUGA